UGUGUGUGUGUGUGUGUUUGCAAAGGGUGUGAGCUUCAAGCGUGCUGAAGAGGCACUCACGUGCGAGGGGGGCUUAUAAAUACGCAUGUAGAGAAACGGCACCACCAACACAAAGUUGGGAGGUUUUUCUGAGUUGAAUUUUCUUUUUUCCUGGAACACAGAGGUCAGAAGCAAAACAGAGACAGAGGAACUGGCAAAAGAAAAAAGAAAAAGUUGUCUUGAAUUAUUCAUUAGAUUUUGUAAAGUGACUGAAAAAGUUGAGAGAAAUGGAGAUUGAGAGUGAAAUGCAGCAGCAAUCCAGGUUUAGGAGGAUUUGUGUGUUUUGUGGGAGCAGCCAAGGGAAGAAGAGCAGCUACCAGGAUGCUGCCAUUGAGCUUGGCAAAGAACUGGUUUCAAGGAACAUUGAUCUGGUGUAUGGAGGGGGCAGCAUAGGACUGAUGGGUUUGGUUUCACAAGCUGUUCAUGAUGGUGGUCGCCAUGUCAUUGGAGUUAUUCCCAAGACGCUCAUGCCUCGAGAGAUAACUGGUGAGACUGUGGGGGAAGUGAAGGCAGUUGCAGACAUGCAUCAAAGAAAGGCAGAGAUGGCUAAGCACUCGGAUGCUUUUAUUGCCUUGCCCGGUGGUUAUGGAACUCUGGAAGAGUUACUUGAGGUCAUCACAUGGGCUCAGCUUGGAAUUCAUGACAAGCCAGUGGGAUUGCUGAAUGUCGAUGGAUACUACAAUUCCUUGCUAUCGUUCAUCGACAAGGCCGUGGAAGAGGGAUUUGUUAGCCCAAGCGCACGCCACAUAAUUAUAUCGGCACCAACAGCCAAGGAGCUGGUGAAGAAACUGGAGGAUUAUGUCCCAUGUCAUGAAAGAGUUGCUCCAAAGUUGAAUUGGGACGUAGAGCAGCUUGGCUACACACAAGAAUAUGACAUCUCUAGGUGAUAUUAUGGGCUUGCAAGGCAGGCAUUCAACCACUAAAGCACUAAAGCUCGUUGGAAUUUUGGAAGUUGAAGAGGCUAAUUUGUAGAACUCUAAAUUUCAGAUAUGGGGAUCUUUUUUUUUGUUUUUGUUUUUCCAAUGUAAAUUAUUGGAAUUGACCUCACUAUGUGAAGCUUCAAUAUUCUAUGUUUGUGGAAGUUUCCUUCCCAUUUCUUAACUUGUAAGUAACUGAACAGCACUUGAGGCUUUUGUGAACCUUCCCCUAUAUUAACUAAUUUAUACAUUUAUUGUUCAGCA